AUGGUCCAUAUUGGUUAUUCUGAAGAGAAUAAUGUGAUCAAGAGCUUCAAAAUUCAAUUAAUGCUGGAUUAUCUACGAGAAGAAACGAAUACGUUACCUCGAGUCGGUGCUGUUGCAAUUGGUGGUCUUGCUGGAUUAAUAUUCAGUCUUCGCGGCAGUAAAUUCAAACGAUCCGUAUAUACAACAACCGGUGCCCUGGGAAUUGCUGCUGUGUGUUAUCCAAGACAAGCAGAAGAGAGUAUUGUCGCUGCGAGGCAUUAUGCGAAUAUCAUAAUGAAUUUUGCUUAUGGGGUUAAGCCUGGAGAAAAACAAAUGGAGAUAUCAUGGCCUAAAUUACCAUUAUUCAAAAUGCCAUCGUCAUUUUCAGAUAUCAUUAAUAUAAUUUCUGAGACAGGUUCCAGUGUAGUAUCUAGUAUUGGUUCGUUGGCUGGUAAAGUAACUGAAGCCGCUCAGGAACAGAAGAAAUCAGCAGAGGCAGUUCCACCCCAGCUACAAAGGAAACAGGAAUAGUAUAAAACAUGAAGAAAUCAGCUCAUUGGUAGCUAACGGAUAAAAAGCAAUUUGUAAUCAUGAAGAUAAUUUGUGACGAAGUAUACAGAUCAUUGGAAUUAAUAAAAUCUUAUAUAUAAUUUAGACCAGAA